UCUAUACAUGCAAGUAUUAUUCGAACGAUUAUUAUAAAUAGGUUAAUGUCAAACGUCCUUAUCUUGAUAACCAAAUGUACAAAUGUAUAUAAAAUUCACUUAUUUAGAGAUGCGGCCGAUUGUAACAUAUUUUGUCUUAUGUAUAACCGUUGCGGUUACAUUGGCACAGACGGUACCGCCAGCGUGUGAUGACAUAGAUACAUCAGCAUGUCAACUAAUGGUUGCUCAGAAACCGGAUCUUUGUUCUGACCCAUCCUUGGCAAAACCAGUCUGCCCAAGAUACUGUAAACUAUGUCCGGUUGAGUGUUACCACUGUAAUGCGACAGUGUUGGACUACCAUCUCUGCAACACGACAAUGCUUUGUGCGGAAGGAGAGGUGUGUAUGAGAAAGGAGCUCAAGUCUUUUGUUGAUGGUCACCACGAAUAUCAAAUGACAUGUGAAGCUAGACAGAUUUGUGAUGGAGGUAGUGAUCUUUCUAUUCCGUUCGGGAAGCGUGAUAUCGAGCAACGCGACAUCUCUAUAACAUGUUGUGCCGAUGACCUUUGCAAUUAUCCCGGGGGCCAGGUUCCAUCACCAACAUCUUCAGGUUGUCCAAAGGAUAUUUAUUUUCUUGUGGACGGAGCAUCCCAUGUUGUGAAAACUGAACACUUGGCUGUACUCAACACCUUGAUGGCAGUAGCAAAAAGUCUCGAUAUCGGCAUGACUGACAAUCUCAUCGCCCUCUACACAUAUGACCAGAGUUUGCACGAGAAAAUCGAGCUUCAGCAAAACACUGACGUGGCCAGUUUGGUAGCAUCAUUGCAGUACCAGAAUCUACAUGGACAAAAUCGCAAUUCCGAUACAGAAGAGGCAAUUCAAAACUUGGUGCAGCAUGUAAUGACACCAAGAGCUGGUGAUCGAAGUGGAUACCCGGAUGCUGUCGUUCUUGUAACCGAUACAAUAACAGCGCAAAGAGUUCAUCUUGGAAUCCGUGAUAAAGUUCAACUCAAAGGAGCAAGUCAUGACGUCAUUCUCCUGAGCGUGGGUCUUGAUUAUUCCAGUCUGUUCGGUAUUUCUGGUGAUGGUGGGAACACUAUUGCAACAGAUAAAACACACAUUCUGCAUGUUAGUAAUUUGAAUGCACUUAUGAAUGUAGUCGAUUCGCUUGUUGCUUUACUGAAUAAAUGUUGAAUGUG